GCCAUCUGCAAUGUUAUCGAAAAUAGCAAUAUGUGUCCUUGUUGCCACCGUGACUUCACUGCCUCAAGAUUUAUUAUCGACAUCCUAUGGGACCCCUGCAGUUGAUACAUCUGGAAGUCUCAGGGAAGGAGCUGGAAGUGGAAUAAGAGUCGCUUCUGAUGAUUCUGUUAAUGAAAGCAGCAGGGAUUUUAGAAUUGAAGAAGAUGGCAGAGAUUUCGAACUUGGGGCUCCUACAGGAUUUGCAGACGAAGCAACUCGUGGAACUAGUAGAGGAGUCAUUGGAGGUUCGAAAUUUUCCUCUGGCGGCUUUGAUGCUGGCAGUAACCCUGCAGGAACUUCCUCUGGAUCGUUAGGACCUUUCAUUCCUAUCAUCAUCGACGAGCGCCAAGGUCCUGAUGAGUUCGGAAACUACAACUUCAACUUCGAAACUGGAAAUGGCAUUUUCCGUCAAGAACAAGGGGCCCCACAAGGAGAAUCUGGUGCUGUAGCACAGCAAGGUGCUUGGUCAUUCACCUUCCCUGAUGGUACUCCAGCCGAAUUCAAUUUCAUUGCUGAUGAAAAUGGUUUUCGCGUAGAAUCUGACCUGCUGCCUACACCACCGCCCCUCCCACCGCACGCCAUCGCCCAGAUCGAAAAGGCUCGCCAAGAAGAAGCCACUGGUCCUGCUUCUGGUGGGCAUGAAGGUUACAGUGAGCAGACAGGCUUAGGCUCUGGGCAGUUCUCUUCUACUGGUCAACCAGGCUUUGGCCCAGGACAGGUUUCAGGCAUUAGCCAAUCAGGCUCUAGUUCAGGAGAGCCCGCGGGAGCUGACCGAUCGGGAUCUGGCUCAGGGCUAUUCUCAGGAGCUGGACAAAUCCACUCAAUUUCAGGGCAGUUUUCAGGAGCUGGACAAUCCGAUUCUGGUUCAGGGAAGGGCUCAGGAAUUGACCAAUCAAGGUCUAGCACAGGGCAGUUCUUACAAACUGGGCAGUUUUCAGGACAUGGGCAGUCCGGUUCUGGUUCAGGGCAGUUUUCAGAAGCUGGGCAAUCAAGUCUUGCUUCAGGGCAAUUCUCAGGAACUAGCCAAUUAGGCUCUAGUUCAGGGCGGUUUUCAGAGGCUGGACAGCUUUCAGGAGCAGGACUAUCAGGAACUGAGAGAGGGCACUUCACAGGAGCUGGCCAAUCAGGCUCUAGUUCAGGACAGGUCUCAGAGUCUGGACAGCUUUCAGGAGCAGACCAUCAGGAACUGAGAGAGGGCACUUCUCUGGAGCUGGCCAAUCAGGCUCUAGUUCAGGGCGGUUCUCAGAGCUGGACGGUUUUCAGGAGCAGGGCAAUCAGGAACUGGUGUAGAGCAGUUUUCAGGAGCUGGGCAAUUAGGUUCUGGUUCAGGGCACUUCACAGGAGCUAGCCAAUCAGGUUCUAGGUCAGGACAGGUCUCAGAGGCUGGGCAGUUUUCAGGAACAGGACUAUCAGGAACUGAUA